AACUGUCUAGUGCGUAGUGCCUCAAAUACAUACCUUACACGUACCUUUAAUUUAUAGUACAAGUACCCCAGUGAAUUAAUAAUUGAACCUGAUAUAAAUAUUUUAAUUUAAUUUGAGAGAAGACAGCGAUUUUUUAACUAAAAAAACACUAUUUGUAAAAAAAUGUGUGAAGUAAAAAAAUCAUUUUUCCGACCUUGGAACGGAGCAUCCGUUGAUCUAGAAGAGCCCCUGCGCGUUCCUAGUAUGAAAAGUGAACGAGACGAGGAUAACGAGAGUGUAAUAUCCAACCCACAUAGUGUGUCUUCAUGCUCAACAGUAAGUUGUGAUGAUCUUCCUGAAUCUGGAAGUCUCAACAUGCUCUCAAACUUUGUCUUCAACUCAACGCAAGACAGUCAGAUUCAGUCCUCAGCGGAUAAUUCCAUAACAGGACGAAGCAGUUCGUCAAGUAUCUUAUCUGCCCCCAACGAUUCACUGUCUGCUUUCACGCCGACUUAUCAGCCGGCUAACCCCAAUUAUUUGGCGUCUCUGAGGAGCGAAAGUGCCGCGCAACUCGAGGUUUAUCAGGCACAUUUAUAUGGCUAUGGCCUGCAUAUGCCCCUGGGUAACUAUCCAAGCAUGGAGGAGGCUGUCAAGAUGAUCCACCACCAGGAUGCUGUCGCCAAGCAGAUGAAGAAAUUGAGACCCAAAAAGUUCAGGUGCGAGCAGUGUGAUGUAGCAUUCAGCAACAAUGGACAACUCAAGGGACACAUCAGAAUACAUACCGGCGAACGGCCUUUCAAAUGUGACGCAGAGAACUGCGGAAAGAGUUUCACCAGGAAUGAGGAAUUGACGAGACACAAGAGAAUUCAUACAGGACUGAGACCCCACUCAUGUUUAAUCUGUGGGAAGAAAUUUGGACGGAAGGAUCACUUGAAGAAGCACACGAGGACUCAUGAUAACAGGGGAUCCUAUCAUCUACCUGGACUGGGAGCAUUCGGAUUCACAAGUCAUUUAUCGCCACAUGCCAUUCCAUCUUAUAUCUGCCCGAUAUAGAGAAGAAGUACAAAGAAAAAAUGUGAUUAUGAUAUGCUAUAAUAUAUGAUAUAAAAUAUGUUUAGGAAAUUUGAGAUGUGUUAAUAAGUCAAUGAUUGCGAUCUAAUCGGUCCUAUCUCAGUACAAUGGACGUUAUAGUUGCAUUUCUCCUCAUAUUAAUUUUUCGUCGCUCGAACGCACUUUCAUUCCACCACCUACGGGGCUGAAAACGUAAACACUCCAGUGUUUAUAGCGAGCAUUUCUUUGAGGAGUUAUUGUCGUGGGUACGCGGUAGGGAAAGUGAAAUACAGUCGCAUUUUCAGAAUUUGCUUCCCCUAUUCCCCAUGCGUGCCACUAUAAUGAGAAUCUACUGAACCGUCGGUCAGACUUGAUGAUAGAUAUAAAGAUGAUCCCGCGUUUUUUAUGUUGAAAAUUGGCUACAAUGUAAAUAAGAUAGAUUUAUAUUAUCACAUUGACAUUUAGUAUAGAUAAGGAAAAGCAAAGAAAAUGCAAGUACUUUGGGUCUUUAGAUAGUAUAUAUACAAACACCUGUGAAAACAUAUUUUUGAUAAACAUUUAUAUCACAAGCAUUUUGAAAUAGAACAACUUCCAGUACGAAAUUUGAAAUUGAAAUGAAGUCGUCAAUAUUGAUAGAGGAGUUAUAUUGGAUGUAAAUAGUUUGUAAAUAAGAGAGAAUUUACGAGGGUUUUUGUACUGUGGAAGAAAAUUUUUAUUAAUUGAUUGGAUAAAUAUUUUCUGAGAAUUAAAGCGAAUAAAAAUGAUUGUAUUUCUGGUCAUAAAAAU